AUGCUUAAAUACACGAACUGCGGUCCUGUCGAUUGUGAUGUCGACUUUGAGACGAGUUCCCUUGAAGGGAAGACUGCUAUUGUUACUGGAGGUGCAAGUGGCAUAGGAGAAUCUUAUACCCGUGCGUUGGUUAAAGCAGGGUGCUAUGUCCUUAUUGCGGAUAUUGAUGCACAGCAAGGAUCGAUAUUGUCUUCUGAACUUCUAGGGCUUACUAAAUUUGUGCGAUGCGAUGUUACAUCAUGGGAGGAUCAACUUGCAGCCUUUAAAGAAGCCGUAUCAUUUUCCCCCAGCGGGAGGGUCGACAUUGUUAUUCCGAACGCUGGAAUCGACAUGGUAGACCCGAUGUAUGUCAACAAUGUUGAAUUGGAGGAGCCAGAAAAGCCUGAGUUCAAGAUUUUGGAUGUUAACAUGCGUGGCGCGUUUUACACGAUCAAAAUCACGCUCCACUAUUUUCGCCGACAGAACGCGCUGCAUAGGGGUUCACCGCUAGACCAAUUGCUCAUUCUAGUAGGCAGCAUGACCGCGUACCUGGAAUUAGAGGGAUCUAUUCAAUAUACCGCAUCAAAGGCUGGUUUGCGCGGUAUUCUGAGAAGCCUCAGAGCUUCGGAAUGGAAGCAUAACAUAAGAGUCAAUUACCUUGCUCCAUGGUUCCUCAAAACCAAGAUUUUGAGCGAUGCGGCAUACGAGGAAUUGCAAAAACAUGACGUGGAAUUUGCAUCUUUCGAAGAUGCUGGGAGUCUGGUGUUGAGGAUUGCAUCAGACCCAACAGUUCAUGGUCGCGCAUUCGCAAUUCUUCCUCGAAGUAAAGCCCCUCGAGGAUAUGCGGACCUGGAUGUCGAUGAUUACCCUAAUGGAGCGCUUCUUCAGCAGCUGCAAGACGAGGCCGAUGGUGCAUUAGGCCGUUCUAGAGACCCCACAUCAUAA